GACUUCCUCGGUUGGACUGUUUCCUCGUUAAAGGAUUUUCUUUCGCUACGGGGACUCAAGCAAACGGGCAGAAAGUCUGAGCUGAUCGCUAGAGCGUUUGGAGCCUACGAACUCAAUGUGCCUGUGAAGUUUUCCCAGGAGCAAAUUUAUCAGCAGAUAAAAGACGAAUAUUCAAGGAGGCUGACUAAAAAUGAAAUUAAGAGUGAUCCAAACAUGUUACCGAGUGACGCUUGGAUUGACGACGUAAAGGAAUGGCCAGAGGUCGAUGAUGGCAAAUUGUUCAGUUAUAUUUUGAGGACUAAAGCCGUAGAUGUCGACUAUAUUGGAAAAUACAAGGAUCAGAAGGCCUAUUCUUAUUGGAUGAGUGGCUUUGUAGACACAGUGUUCUUUGCUAAAUGCCCAAUUAACAGCAAGCAUGUGUUCUUGAAAGGCUCUGUAUCCCCCUCAGAGAAAAUUCGUGAUGACCCGCAUAAGGUCUGGGUUUGUUUAGAGGGCACAAAAAGUGAAUGCAAAAUCUUAACCUCUUGGUGUACAUGUACAGCAGGUACUGGUGAAGUUUGCAAUCAUGUUAUAGCUUUGCUAUAUAAAGUAAAUUUUGCACACAAGAAAGCUUACAUAUCUCCUGCAUGUACAAGCGUUCCACAAGGAUGGAACAAAGGAACUAGAAAGGAUGUAGCUCCAACUCAAAUAAAAACCUUGUCUUUCGUAAAGACAAAAAGACUCAGGAGGACAGUCCCAAAGAACAGGCAGCCAAUUUAACUUUAAAGAACAACUUUGACCCACGAAAGCCCCAGGAUAGGCAGCUGACCAAUGAAAGGGUGUCAGCUCUUAUCAAUGGAGUAAUUGAGAAUGUCCCAUCUGCUUGUUUACUUCACUCUAUCGAGCACACUAAAGAUGACGGCCUACCCGAACCUCUUCCUCAGAGAGCCCUUAGCUUCAUGUCAUCCCAAGAAAUGAAAGGAAAACCAUUGGAACAUACCGCUCCACUCUUUUUAAAAGAAUGUCAGAUGACGAGUGACCAAGUGAAAAGGGUGGAAACUGAAACUCGUGGCCAGAGUAACAAUGACUCUUGGCAUCAACAAAGAGUUGGGAGAGUGACUGCGUGA